AGAACAGCCCUUUUUGACUUAAGGUGGCGGUGGUGCUGUGACACAGGAAGAACUGCAUGCAGGCUGCAGGAGUUUCUUAUUCUCACUUCUUGAGUAGUUAGUUCUCCGUGGAGGGAGAAAGAUUUGAGUCUUAAUUGCCCUGUUUUCAAGGUGUUCUGUGUCGUCUGAACUGGGCCACUUCCUAAUGAGCUACACAGCCAGUCCUUGUCCGGAGCUGGUUGAACCCUGUGCAGUGCAUGCAGAAGGAAUGGCCCAGGAAGAGAGCCAUCGAAGUCAGGCGCCACCCACCUUCUACCAUGGUGCCAGCCAGGAGCUCGACCUGUCCACCAAAGUGUAUAAAAGGGAGUCUGGAAGCCCUUACUCUGUGCUAGCAGACACCAAGAUGAGCAAACCACAUCUCCACGAGACGGAGGAGCAGCCAUAUUUCAGGGAGCCAAGGGCAGUGUCUGAUGUGCAUACUGUCAAGGAAGACCGGGAGAAUUCUGAUGACACGGAAGAGGAGGAGGAAGUCUCUUACAAAAGGGAGCAGAUCAUAGUGGAGGUAAACCUUAAUAACCAAACAUUAAAUGUCUCUAAAGGGGAAAAGGGUGUCUCUUCCCAGUCCAAAGAGACGCCUGUCCUUAAGACAAGCAGUGAGGAAGACGAGGAAGAGACUGAGGAGGAGGCCACAGAUAACAGCAGUGACUACGGAGAGAACGGACGGCAGAAGAAAAAGGAGAAGCAAGUGGAGAGAGUCAGGGUUACACAGAGGCGAACCCGGAGAGCGGCCUCUGCUGCCGCAGCUACCACUUCCCCUGCACCCCGCACAACUCGAGGCCGUAGGAAAAGUGCAGAGCUACCCAAGAGGAAGAAGCGGGCCACCAAGGAGGCUAAAGCGCCAGUUCAGAAAGCUAAGUGUGAAGAGAAAGAGACUCUGACCUGUGAGAAGUGCCCCAGGGUGUUUAAUACUCGCUGGUACCUGGAGAAGCACAUGAACGUUACUCACAGGCGCAUGCAGAUCUGUGAUAAAUGUGGCAAGAAGUUUGUCCUGGAAAGUGAGCUGUCCCUUCACCAGCAAACAGACUGUGAAAAAAACAUUCAGUGUGUUUCCUGUAACAAAUCCUUCAAGAAACUCUGGUCCCUUCAUGAACAUAUCAAGAUUGUCCAUGGAUAUGCAGAAAAAAAAUUUGCCUGUGAAAUUUGCGAGAAGAAGUUCUAUACCAUGGCUCAUGUACGAAAACACAUGGUUGCACACACAAAAGACAUGCCAUUUACAUGUGAGACCUGUGGAAAGUCUUUCAAGCGCAGUAUGUCACUCAAGGUGCACUCCUUGCAGCAUUCUGGAGAGAAACCCUUCAGAUGUGAGAACUGCGAUGAGAGGUUCCAGUACAAGUACCAGCUCCGCUCCCACAUGAGCAUCCACAUUGGGCACAAGCAGUUCAUGUGCCAGUGGUGUGGCAAGGACUUCAACAUGAAGCAGUACUUCGACGAGCACAUGAAGACGCACACUGGAGAGAAGCCUUUCAUCUGUGAAAUCUGCGGCAAAAGCUUCACCAGCCGACCCAACAUGAAGAGGCACCGCAGAACUCACACAGGCGAGAAGCCCUACCCCUGCGAUGUGUGCGGUCAGCGGUUCCGCUUUUCCAACAUGCUGAAGGCCCACAAGGAGAAGUGCUUCCGAGUGACCAGCCCAGUGAAUGUGCCGCCAGCUGUCCAGAUCCCACUGGCCUCAGCUCCAGCUGCUCCCGCUCCGGCCGUGGCCAACACUCCCACCAGCCCAGCCCCUGCAGUCAGUAUGAGCCCCGUGGGUGCUGUGCUUCCCUCGAGACCCGUCCCGCACCCUUUCUCACACCUGCACAUACACACGCAUCCACACCACGCGCACCACCUCCCCAUCCCUCCUGUGCCUCACCUGCCCCCACCCCCAGCCCUCUUCAAGAGUGAACCCCUAAACCACAGAAGCCAGAGCGAGGACACCUUUCUGAGACACCUGGCAGAGAAGAACAGUGCGGCCCCCGCCCAGCACCAUUAGCCCUAGCCAGUGCCGUCCCCACGGUGAGCUGGCAGAAGGGACGCAGCCGUACUUCUCUGGGGUCUGCCUGACUCCACGGCCUCCUUCAGGGCCUUCACCGUUGUCCUGGUGAGCCCUCAGACUGGCCUGACGGAGUGAAGACGACGACUGCCCUUGAAACCAGGGGAACCACCGAACUAAAGCCCAAUUUGCUUGCAUUUUCUGAUGACUUUUAUAAAUUUCAGAUACUGUGACUGUGGGAUUUUAUAAUUUCAUAUCAGCGGAUGAGGUAUGCUUGCUUUUAUAUCUCGGUCUUCUCCUCAGAGAGGGGUGGGCCUGUUUCCUUUAUACUGAUCGGGAAGGCUGUGAGGUUAGUCCAGAGCAUUAACUAUAUCACUGUGUACUGCAAUGAAUUCGGUUCAGCUUUUGGUGCUGGCUGCAGAGUCGAGCUGGCUGCGUUUCACACAAUAUCAAGCAUUAUAGAGAAGAUGGGAAUUUUCUUCUUUGUGUAGCUCUUUUAACACACUCUUUAUUUUACUACAGAAAUUAUUUUAGAGUUUUUGUAUAGACUUUAGUAGUCUGUUUCUAAAAUGAGAUGUAUUUCAAUAAGCUGUGUAAUUUUUUCAGUGUAGCUAAACCCAUGUUGUAAAAUAGAUAAAUUUUUAUAAUCAUCAAAA